AUGACUCCCCCUCUUCUGUCUUCCCAUCAUGUCGACCUGCUCGCCCGCCAAUUCCACGAACAGGUCGACCCCCACCUCCUGCCCCUCCCGCAAGGCCGCGACAUCGUUCACCCCGCCGUGCAGAGCGCCAUCUAUGCGCAAAUGUUCGACGAGGCCUCUGUCUGGCCAAUCCCCCCGGUAAACUAUCAGACGCGAGUUCUGAAGAUGAUUCUAUCUCGGAUCGAAGAAGCGAUCAGCGACCCUGAGGAGGAUGAAAUCCACCCCGACCUCAUCUCCGCCUGGGCGACCCUCAUCUCGCAACCAAAGUCCUCCACAAUCCAACAAGCCCAACAAUUAACCUACAUCAAAUACACCGCGCCGUCGCCCCCUCCGUCCUCACCCGCGCCUCCACGAACCGUGAUUACCUCCGAAUCACGCGGCCUGAUCCUCGCCGCCGGUACCACGGGCUUCCGGACCUGGGAAGCUGCCCUCCAUCUCGCGACAUAUCUGUCGAGUACACCUGCGGGCGAGACUCUCGUGCAGGGAAAGAGAGUUAUCGAGUUGGGUGCGGGAACGGGGAUGGUGUCGAUGUUCUGUGCGAAGUAUUUGCGGUUGAGGAGUGUGGUGGCGACGGAUCGGGAGCCAGCGUUGGUUGAGAAUAUGAGGGAUUGUGCGGGGAGGAAUCAUCUUAAGGAUACAUCCCAGGAUGGAUACGAGCAGGCGUCAUUCAGCGCUGCGGUUUGGGAAUGGGGGACGCCGUUGGAUGAUGUGAGUGGUACAUCACUUGACGAAGGACCGGUUACGAAUGGGAAUGGGAGUGCGACACCGAAAUUCGACGUUGCUCUUGGUGCGGAUUUGAUCUACGACACAGACCUCAUCCCCCUCCUCAUCUCCACACUGCACGACCUAUUCCAGAACUACGGAAUCAAGGAAUUCGUGAUCGCAGCGACAUUACGGAAUCAGGAGACGUUUGGGACGUUUUUGAGGGCUUGUGAAGAGAACCGGUUCACGACGGAACAAGUAUCGUUUGAACCGCCGUCGAAGGAGGAACAGACUGGGUUCUUUCAUUCGACGGAUGUGCCGAUUCGGAUGUAUCGGAUUACGAGGAAAGAGGCAAAUCAAUAG